AUGGUUGAUCUCAUGUUUCGAGACGAGAGCCACCAUGUAAUCAAGCGAGCCACCACAACCCGAAGGCGACCCAGGAACGCCAGACUUGCCAGCGCUAUCAUUCCAGACACGCCGCCAUCCCCGACUCGGUCUUCACUAUCUUCAUCGCCGUCUUUAGCUAUCCGACAGCCCCAACCAUUUUUGGGCGAGACAUCUCCGUCAAGUGAGGAGGACUACGCUACUGAGUGUGCCCGGGGAGAAACUCGUGGGAGCAUUUCUGGCAGCAGCCUUGUUGGCCGUCAUCAAAAUCGAGACUACAGCAGUCGAACCUCCACCACCCUCACCACCACUGCCGUCACCAAUACUACCAGAAUCCCUUAUGGCCUGACGGAUUCUCUGCAGGAACGUGGCAUAGCCUUUUUCUUCGCCCGCUAUGUUGCCACUGACCACGGCUGCUACCAAAAUUAUGACUUCAUCUACGAUGUAUGGAAACCGCCGCCUACCUAUGAUACGGACUCGACCGACUGCAUCACUGCUAGCAUGACGGCUGUCGGCCUCACCAGCUUAUCGAAACUUACUCGAUGCCCCGAGACGUUUAGACGCGCCCGCCAGAGCUAUACUAUUGCUCUGGGCCUUGCCAACUCAGCUCUUAGCAAUCCAACCGAGGCGGUCAAGGACAGCACUAUGCUGGCCGUGCUUAUUUUGGGAACUUAUGAAUUUGUCUCCGGCCGCACCCCGCAAACCAUUAGGGCCUGGCAAGAUCAUGUCAACGGUGCCGCAACCUUGGCGAGUAUGAGAGGAGCUGCCCAGUUUCGCACCAAGGCUGGAGCCAGAAUGUUCAUCAUGCUCUGUCACACUGUCCUGAUCAGUUGUAUUCGUAGCGGCUUACCCAUGCCGCAGUCCAUGGUCGAUCUCCGUAACGAGUUGUGGCACUUGACUGACACCAGUGGUCCCAUAUGGCGAGUUGUUGACACAUUGUACAAUGCACUGCAAGUUCGGCAUGAUAUCAAGUCCGGCAAGGUUUCGGGGGUUGACGCCGUUGUCAAGAAGCUGUGCGAUGUAGAAGACCAAUUCUCGGCCUUGAUCGCGAGCCUUCCGCCCGGGUGGUAUUAUCGUCAAGCGAAGCUAUCCAAGCCACAUCCAGCCGUUUUGGGAGACACCUGCCACAUCUAUCGAGGUCUUACUCAAGCAACUACCUGGAAUGGUAUUCGUACCAUGAGGAUGUUGGUCCAGGAGACUAUUGUCGAGGUUCUUUGCGGCAGUACCGAAGACCCGACAAUGCUGCCAAGCCAUCACCAGCUUCAGCUUGUCAAAGCCAUGAAACUCAUACAAAUGCUGGGUGAAGCAUUCGUUUCUAGCGUGCCACAGCACUUUGGGAUCGUCAGUGGCAAGGAUAUCGUUCGCGACAGACAAGGUCGCCACACUGUCGCGCCUAUACCUACCCAGCAGCUUCCGCACCGGAUCCUAUCGCCAUCGGAUCAAAAAGCAUUGCCUCAGGCCUCUAGCAGCACUGCAGACGCCCCUUCCUCCCUCUCUUCUGCCGCACCGCGAAAGCCUACCUUGUUUGAUCCUACACAGUCAAGCGGACAUGAGAAAGGAGCAGAACGGUUCCUGACUUUGGCUACAGCUAGCCAUACCAUCAUAUGGCCACUUUACACGCUCGGCAUGUCGUCCUCGACGACACCUGAAACGCUUGCAUAUGUCCUGGAUCGCUUAGAGGCCAUAUAUCAAGAAACAGGAUUUGAACAGGCCCGUGUUGUGUCGAGUAUUGUCAAGGAGCAGGUUCACACACUGCUGUGGGAUCAGAUCCCAACGUCGAAGCUACCUUCUCUACCGGACACUGCAUUGCCAAUGAUAGUGUAA